AUGGAAAAUUCUCAGUUAAGAGUGCUUACAACCAUCUCACAAGAAGUUCAAAUGAAACUAUGGUUAAUGGAGUUGUUGUUCAAACCCAAGUAUGGAAGGCAUUAUGGGGAUGUAAUGUUACACAGAAUCAAGCUUUUUGCAUGGAAGUGCAUACAUGAGUGUCAUCCAACCAGAUACAAACUUGCAGCACAUAACCAUGACAUGGAAACACAAUGUGGAGUUUGUAGUAGGGAAGAAGAGACAAUAGAACACCUUAUCUUUGAUUGCAGUCAUGCCAGAUCAGUGUGGAGAAUCAUAAAUAUAGACAUAGAUGCAGUUAAAGCUAACUGUGGUAGCGUCUCUGAAUGGGUACUAAGAUGGUUCAAUGGAAGUAAUCCUGGCAUUAGUGAACGGUUGUUAUUCACCUGUAUGAUUGGAGCUUGGAUCAUAUGGAAAGACCGAUGUGAAAAGAUAUUCCAGGAAGUUAAUCUAAACCCUAUUUCUACAGUCAAUAGAAUACAAUAUCAUUUAAAUGCUCAUUUACAUGAAAAUUUAAUUUGUGGUCCGUACAACAUUAAUGAAACCAAGUCUAAUUGGUUACCUCCUGCACAAGGCAUUGCUAAAUUCAAUGUUGACACUUCUUUCGAUUAUGAUACUAAUCAAAAUGGUACUGGUGUUGUUUUACGUGAUCAUGCAGGUAACUGUGACAGGAUCAGAGGGAGUUUCAAACAUGGAGUCCUGAAUCCAGAGCAAGGAGAGUGUCUAGCUGUUCGAGAUGCUCUUUUAUGA